GGGUGCUGCCGCCACUCACCUGAGCACACACCGGCCCGCACGGGCAGGGUCCGGCUCUCCGGGGGAGGCAGGUCCCUCCCGUGGGGCUCCCCCGCGGCGUUCAGGCCCUGUGCCCCAGGAUGGCCCCGGGAGGGCCCGCCGGGCCGGCCGCCCCGCCCGCGGACCGAGGGAAGCGGCUGCAGGCCGGCGCCGCGGGGCGGGGGAGGCAGUGCGAGGCAGUGCGGAAAGAGUUAAGGGAAGGUGGCGGGGCAGGCUGGCUGUCGGGAGCGAGCAUGUGCAGAUUGAAACCGCAUCCAUACUACGGGCGAGUGUCACUGGCACACUUCACCUCCCGCCGGCCGCGGGGCACCCAUGGACACCGGAAGGCUGGCUGGUUGCURUAUUAGCUGGUGGUCACACGCACCUGGGCUGGAAACGACUGGCAUCUGAAACGGCUUGGACUUGCUGGAGGCAACCUGGUCUGCCUGCGGAUGCUGUGAACUAGGAGCUGGCCAAAGAGUGGGAGAGCUCCAGGAUCCCUCCCCGGAAGAGUAGCUGAUUCUUCCUGGCCUGAGCAUUUUCUUGUGGAGCCCAGCAGUGAGGAAGGAUUGUAUACAUCACAACUGCAGCUGGAUAGAGACAUUGGGCACCAACUCCUCCCUCUUCACACCUGUGUCUCAACAUGUUCCUAAGGCCCCUGUAUGACCAUCACAAAUACUUGUGUGAAGGGAAUUCAGGGUCAGUGAAAGAGUGCUGCUGGGGUGAGUGCAGAAGAAUGGCUGCGGCAGAACCUCUGACCGCUUUCUCCCGAUGGUACCUCUAUGCCAUCCAUGGCUAUUUUUGUGAGGUGAUGUUCACAGCUGCCUGGGAGUUUGUGGUCAACUUCAACUGGAAGUUCCCAGGUGUUACCAGUGUGUGGGCACUCUUCAUCUAUGGCACGUCCAUCCUCAUUGUGGAGAAGAUGUAUUUGUAUCUCAAAGACAAGUGUAACAUUUUAGUGCGCUGUUUCAUUUACACACUGUGGACAUACCUCUGGGAGUUCACCACUGGCCUCAUCCUACGCCAGUUCAAUGCCUGCCCAUGGGACUAUUCCCAGUUUGAUUUUGACUUCAUGGGCCUGAUUACCCUGGAGUAUGCCAUCCCAUGGUUUUGUGCUUCUUUCAUCAUGGAGCAGCUGGUGAUCAGAAACACCCUGCGCUUGCGAUUUGAUGAGACUGCCGAGCCGGGGGCCCCCACCGCCCCCGUUGCCUUGGCCAACGGCCACGUGAAGACAGAUUGAGCAGUGACUUAGAACCGUACUUAGCAAUCUGAGAGAGCCCAGACCUCUACUGCGGACUGUCAGCUCUGGCCCCGAGGUACUGCUCCUUGCUGUAUGAUAAGAUUCAUAAACCCCAUUUUUCUAAUGGGGGUGUGCAUGGGAUAUAACAGAAAAAAUGGAACCAAUAGAUUUUCUAUGGAUUUUACUCUUUGGGCUCCAAGGACCAAUAUCAGUUACAUGUUAGUUAGGUCGUUUCUGAUUUUAACUUAUGACUGAUGAAAGCAGUCCUUUUGCUUACACUUUAAAGUGGAGAAAGAAGAAAAAAGAAAUGCUACGGCAGAAAUGCAUCCAAAAAACCCCACCUAAUCAGUGGAUGGGCAUGGACACACCAGCUGAGUUAGUGAUUGGCUUACUCCAUUAGGCAAUAUUCAGGUGCUUGCUUGCAACCAAUACCUCCCGUGGGACCUGAGAUGCUGCAGGAACAAGGAAAAUCCAUCUGCUGUUGAGAAGUACCUAAGACUGGCAGUCUGCUGGGGAGGUAGACGGUGUUCCUCGCCAGGUCCCAUUGGCUUCUCCCCAGGUUCUUUGUUGCACCACGAAAUAAUCUGGUGCUGGACAUCUUGCUGAAUUUAUAUAGAUCUUGUACUUUUUGAAAUCUCAGUCCUGAUACUCAUUAGAAAUUUUUUCUUUUCCUUUUUUUUUCUCCUUUUUUCCUAUUAAAAGCCUUUUUUGCCAAGUGAAUUUUACCAUAAUCUGUGCAAUCUGAAUCUUGGCAAAAGGCACAAGAUAUAGUGCAAGUCUUCCCAUCUCCUCUGUUCCCCCAAAGCAGAUCUUGCCUGAGUGUCUGCUGCAGAUUCCAGCUCCCAUCUCAGCCACAAGAGUUUUCUGCCUUUCUUUCCAGGGAUUCCUCUGUUUCUGGUGAUGUCAAUGAAUUAGUCUGGCUGCAGCCCAUUGUAUGGCUAACGUGGCAUCCAGGAUUUGGACCUCUGGCACUGACUCUCAUGUUCUUUCAGCACUGGCAGGUCUUGGCUCAGUUCUGCCUACUAUUCUGUUCAGUGUAUCAAGUGGGUUUGCUUUUUCUUCUCAAAUUCUGCUUUAAAUAACCACAAUGGUCGUGACAGUAAUCAGAGGCAGCAAGAGAUAUACUAUGCUGCCUGAUACAUUUAUUAAAGAAAAAAAAGCAAAACACACUUCUCUGAAAAGCACUUACUUGUUCAUGCUCUGCUUGAAUGAAGCUUUGAAUUAGGGUGUGGGAGCAACAGUAGAGAGGUGGAGCAGGAGGGAAUGCUGUGGCUCCACUGUAGAACUACUCGCACCAGGGACAGUUUGAAAUUUAACCUAUUAGGAACACUUACCGAGUACAAGACACUUGUGGUGCAGGGAAGGUGUUUCAUAGUGGUAGCCACAAGUUUGUAAUUCAUUCUGUCAAAUCUUGGGUUUUGAAGUUAGCAAGAAACAUGGAACUUCCAGCUGUCAGAUAUCUCGCUCCUGAACUGAUUUAUGGGGAAGGUUUGCCAUAGUUGUCCCUUAGGACCAGAUCAAUUUUUCUUGUUCUUCCACCACAGUCAGCAGAGCUGUACCAUGGAUAAUUUGGCUUGAAAUGCAAAUCUGUUAUAGGAUUCCACUCUUGUUUUGGAAAUAGUUGGGCCAUUUCCGUGUAGGUCCUUUGUCUCUGGUAGGGGGUGCUCAUCUGUGAACCUGCUCCUUGCCCUGGCACAGCCAUUCCUGAGAGAAAAAGCACUUCUGGCCCUGCAAGUGGAAUUGUUUCUUGGUUCUGCUCUUACAAGGCAGUGUUAAUCCUUUUUUUGUAUCACACAGAGAGUAAUUAUUUUAUUCAUUCCCUUCCCCUUUUCACAUGGGAUCCAUUGCUGGCAAUGGUCACAUGAAGACAGUGGUGGUGGCAAGGAGUUAAUCAAAUCUGCCCUGGGUAUGCAAUGUAUCCCAGAUCACUGAGAAUACUUAGGUGGGUAUUUAGAGUUCCCUUUUUAUAGUUUUUUAAAUGAAAAGAGAACAAACACUGAACAGAUAGUUCUUUUGAUGCUGUAGAUGCCAGUCUUAUGAAAUCAGAGUAGCAGUAUGUAGUUAAUCAGCAUUGUUGGUCUCAGGCUUGUAGACCCAAGCAAAAUAGUCACCUGAAACUGUACGUGGAGGGAAAGAAAAGCUUUGUGUGUGGGAUAACAUAGAUGAGCUCUACUGGAGCAGAACCAGAAUUGCAAAGUGCAGAUGAGCAUUGGGAUCCCACAUUUUGGCCCUGGUUGUGUCAGAUCAUCAAACGCAGUGUCUAAAGCUGGGUUGUCCUCUCACAGCAUAGCUUAAAUGUGAUGUUGUGCUGCCUCCUACUCCACCCCCACGUCAUGUAAAACCCUCAGCUUUACAGAAACAUCCUUAGAUCCCUGCUUUCUCCUUAGCUGUUACAAAGCUCUUUAGAAAGGUUAAAAGGAGUUAGCAAUGUGGUGUGGAGGACUGGCUGUCCACAGAGCUAACCUGGUGUGCAAUAGCAGUUGUGUCCGUUGUUGUCUUUACUUUAGAAGGUCCCAUGUCAAUGACAAUUUCUUUGUGUUUUGCUGAGUGAUGUAAUAUUUAACUGCUCAAACUAUGGAAGGAUUUCCCAACAACAUCUACUAUCCUAGGGCAUUAUCUUUAUUGCCUGUGUCAUUGAAACAGCUAUUGUAGUCUGCUUUCCACUGGUGUCUGAUGUGUACCACCCAGCUACUGCAACUUCAUAGAGUGGUAAUUUAUAUCCAGAAGUGCACUUUACUUGCAGCUUGCACACCAGAAACAGAAAAGGACCUGGCAAAUUCUUAAAUCGUUAAAUUAUGUAUAAUACCACAUACCUAAUGCAGCAGGAUUAGCCAGACUUCUUUCUGAGCAACAUGGCUGCUGUUAGAGCUUUGUCUUUUCUGCAAAAUCUCCCCUUUUAAUACUUGUGAUGCUUCUUGUAACAUCUUGCAGAACUGCCCAGAGCACGUUACCAGGAUCUCAAUGGCAGCUCAGUGAGAGCUCAGGAGCUGGACUGAAGUUGAAGAGACAUUUACAUUAAGAAGAAAAAAAACGCACAAGGCCUAACAUUUGUUUGUAUGUGUAUCUUCCUCAGUAGAUUAAAGUUGCCUGUUUUGAGUUCACCAGCAAUAAAAAAACCUUGUGAUUUAUCUGCCUUGUCCUAACUGCAGCAAGGAGAGAGUGACCCUCUUCUCUGCCUUUUUUUUUUCCAGGGGGUGGUGGGAUAUGGACUUCAGUUACCCCAAGGUUCCAGUUUUGCAUCUGUUCUCUUGCUUAUCUCCUGUAUGGUCCACCCUAAAGGAUCUCAAAGUAGAUGAUAAAUAAAUACAGAGUCUGGUGUCCUGCAUACAAGAGGCAGUUCCAGCAUUACUGUGGUAUCUGUUCAUACUCCAAAGAUUUUGCCAGAGGGGAAUGUUUGAUCUACAGCAGGACCAGAUGGCAUUUUGGUCUUUGGUGUUAUAAUUGAGAGAAAUGUGUACAUACGUACCAGGUACUAUUGCGCCUUUGGUCUGAGUGCAUUUUGUAAUUAAAGCAGAAUAAUCCAAUCAAGAUUUUGCUUGACUUGUCCAGUGACUAUAAAAGGUAAAAAAAAAAAAAAAAAAAAAAAAAAAAAAAGUAAAAAAAAAACUUUAGCUGCUUUGAGAAUUAGGAAGCAGGUGGCUGAAGUCCUGAGUUCACUUGCACUGCUCUGCUGCUGACUGGUUUUCUAAAAUGGGUACAGAAAGAAAGGGGAUUUCUUUGCUCACGGAAACUUGUGCCCUUUCUGUAAAUAAAACAUGAGCCACAACUAAGACGUGAACUGAAACCAAAUGUUUUCCUAUUUUAGUUUAUCCUAAGUCCUGAAUACAUGCAAUAUGCUCUGUAUUCAGAGGGGAGGCUUGCAGACCUGAGCUCCUUUCCUCCACUUCUGCCUUCAAAUUGCAGCUGAACCACCUGAGGGGGGAUUACUCUCUUCCCCUUCCUUUCUGCACAUUGGUAGCUACCCUAUCCCUCUGUGGUCUCUCUCCUCUUGUAGAAGGAAAUUUUUCCUCUCACAUGAUAUGGCCCCUUACCAAAUCAGAAGCUUUUAGUAAUGUGUGUCACCUCACCCAGCAGCUUUGGCACCUAAUGACCACUUUGGGUCACAGCACUCGUGAGAACAUGUGAACACUGUCCUUGUUUGGUAAAUGGCCUCCCACUGAACCUGUCCUGCCUUAUUCCUCCUGGAGUGUCCUGAGCCAACUGCUGGGGAGGAAACAUUCC